CCCGGCCGCCCGGUCCCUGCGGCCCCGCGCAUGCCGGGAGCCCGCACCGGACCCCAGCCCUGCACCUGAGCGCGGUGCCGGGAGCGCAGGCGGGCGGGCGGGCGGGCGGGCCGGGGCCCGGGGGCGACAUGGGGAAAUUCCAGUCCAAGCACGCCUCUGCAGCCUUCAAGCGGAGAGAGAGCCCCGAAGGGGACAGCUUCGUGGUGUCUGCGUACACGAGUGGCCGCAAAGGCAUGGAGGAGGCAGAACGUCGGGGCGGCGGCGUGGAGCACAGUGCGUGGGACAAGCAGGAGCUGCCUGGAGGCGACCUCAAGGAAGGGCCUUUCUGGGAAGACCAGUGCGCCCUGGAGGUGGCACUGCCGCCUGAGAGGGCCGAGGGCCGGGAGGGCCCAGGACAGCUCUUCAGUACAGACGGUGGAGAAAGAGCCGCAAACCGCGAGGGCCCCCGGUGGCUGGGCAAGAAGCGCCUCAACGUGGACGCGCUCCAGUGCGACGUCUCGGUGGAGGAGGACAACCACCAGGAGUGGACGUUCACGCUCUACGGCUUCGACAACAGUGGCAAAGCCACCAGAGAGGACAUGUCGAGCCUGAUGCACACCAUCUACGAGGUGGUGGACGCCUCCGUCAGCCACUCCUCUGGCAGCAGCAAGACCCUCCGCGUGAAGCUGACCGUCAGCCCGGAGCCCGCUGGCAAGAGGAGGGAAGGGCCCCCCGCCGUCCAGGACCGGGAGCCCAUCCGCUGCAGGACGGAGGGGGAGCUCGCCGAGGACCCCAGGGUGGCUGACAAGAGGCUGUACCUGCACAUCAGGAGGCCCCACCCCGACGCCCACCUCUGCUCUGAGCGGGGGUCCUACUGUGUGGACGAGAACACGGAGCGGAGGAACCACUACCUGGACCUGGCCGGGAUCGAGAACUACACGUCCAGAUUCGGGCCGGGGUCCCCUCCGGCGCAGGCCAGGCAGGAGCACCAGGCCAGGGCCCCGCACCCCCAGGGCAGGUCGCGCUCCCAGGAGUCGGAUGCGCAUGCCACGCACCACCGCCGGUGCCAGCUGCCGCCAGAACACGCCCUGCUGGCCGUCGAGCCUGUCCCCCAGGCGCUGGACCUGCAGCCCCGGCCGAAGGGGCAGGAGAAGCAGUUCCUGAGGUCCCCCCAGGGCUCGGGGAGGCCGCCAGGCGGGGGCAGGCCCGGGAGGUCCUUCAGCUACCACCCGCCGCCCCCGACCCCGCAGGCCCCCCAGGACGGCCCCCACCUCCCGCAGCCCCCGCCCCCGCCCUACGGCCACCGGCGCUGCCGGCAGAGGGGCAGGGAGGGCCACUCGCCGCUCAAGGCCGCGCUGGGCCAGCCCCCAGUGCUGGAGCACGAGGUGGUGCGGGACCUGCCUCCCGUGCUGCUGGGCGAGGCCCUGGCGGUGCCCGUGGUCCAGCGCCACGAGCACCACCACCACCACGAGCACCACCACCACCACCACCACCACCACCACCCCCCGGCCUAGAUGCCCGCCGCCCGCUUCCGUCCGCCCGCUUCCGAGCUGUUGUGUGAACCUGCCAGCACGCGCGUAGCUUUGGCCCCCACCCCCGCUCUCGCCCCGGCCCCAAAGCAGCCCCGAGGGGCCCCGCGCAGACGUGUGGCGCCUGUCCGCCCGGAGCCGCGCUGUGGGUGCUUUUCUGGCAGGGAGGGCGCGAGCCCGCAGGCCCCGGGGGAGCAGGCGGCCCUUGGGUGGCCACGCGGGUGGGCCCGGCAGCUCCUCGCGGAGUCGCCACCAAGUCAGGGGUGACCGCUGAGAGGAGGGUGGCCGCCUGGGCCGGGAGGUGUGGGCCCCCCCAGACGCGCGCACAGCCCGCCAGGCGCGAGGCGGCUCCUGUCCUCCGUGGACUCUGAGAGCGUCCGCCAUGGGCACAGCUGCAGCUUUGCGAACGCGUGGCUCCCUCGCGAGGCUGGACGUUGCCGAAAGCAUGAAGCCCGGGGCGUCCACGACCCCCACCCCCCACCCCGCACAGGCAGGAAGCUGCUGCCGCUUGGCCCAUGUGAGCAACUUGUGAAUUUGUGCAGCUGGUUUUGUAUUUGCCUCCUUGCCGCCGACUUUAAGGAUAAAGCAAAUUAGUGGUCGCCCUGUGACGGAGCUUCUCCCCAGUCAUAAUAAAGAAGCGUGCAUUUGGUAACCUGUCA